AUGGAUCCACUUGCUUUGCAUCCUUUCCUUGCUGAUGUCAGUGAAGCUCGACAGCAAGCGAGGAUUGAAGACUAUGAGAAUUCUAUAAAAUACUAUGAUCAAGCUCUUGAAAAAAUUGAAGAUGAAAUCGCUGUUUGUCAUAAUAUUGAAACAAAUCAAAAAUGGAACAAAAUGCAAAAAGAAGUUCGCGAUGAAAAGGAUUCUGUACUUAGAAUUAAGCGCGCUUUUGAUAAAAUUUUAAAUUCUAUCGAUACUGCAAUACCAAAACGUCAACCACAAGGUGACGGAGAUGACGAAGCUCUCGAACCACCUCAAGUGAAGCAGCAACGUCGUUCUCCAGAGCCACCUCGUGAAUUUAAGCCUCCAGAAAGGAGAAGAGAUUUACCAGGCCAAAAGCAUCAGAGUCCUGUUGGCCAAAGACGAAGCCAUGCUUCACCACAGAUAGGAGUUGCAGGAAAGCAUGUCCAACCUCGUCCAAGAGUCAUGGUUGACAAUCCAAUCAAAGCAGGAAAGCCAAGAGUGUCAGUAGCCCCACCAAAAGGCGAACAAGGCCAAAAUCGACCACCAAAUCCUCAAGCAAAGAAAGCAAAUCAAGAAAAAUCCCCUGCAAAAACACCAGAUCCACUCGAUCCGUCUACAAAUCCUUUAGUACAACAAAUUAUCGAUAUGGGUAUUCUCAUUCGAGAACCUAAUAUACAAUGGUCAUCAAUUGCUGGCCUCGCAGGCGUUAAAAGACUUUUAAGGCAAAAUCUUGUUAUAUUACCAAUGCGUCCUGACAUUGCUAAAGGUUUACUUGCACCAUGGAAGUCAGUAUUGUUCUACGGACCACCUGGUACCGGUAAAACUUACUUAGCUAAAGCUGUAGCAACAGAAUGUAAAAGAACUUUCUUCAACAUCACGGCAGCAACAAUUACAUCUCGAUUUCUCGGUGAAAGUGAAAAACUCGUUAAUUACUUAUUCGCUUUGGCCAACCAAAUGGCUCCAGCAACAAUUUUCUUCGAUGAAGUAGAUUCAAUCGCUUCUCAACGUGGCUCGGGUAAUGAAAAUGAAGCAAGCCGUAGAAUUAAAGCCGAAUUACUUACACAACUUGAAGGAAUUGACGGCGCAUCAGAUAAAGCGUCAGUUUUCGUUCUUGCAGCUACAAACUUCCCAUGGGACCUCGACGAAGCUCUUUUGAGAAGAUUCCAGAAGAGGAUUUACAUUCCGCUCCCUGAUUACGACGGAAGAUUAGAAAUUUUAAAGAUGUCGAUUUCGGAGAACGCUAGUCCCGAUUUUGAUUACGAGGGAUGGGCCAAGAAGCUUGACGGUUAUUCCUGUGCUGAUGUUACGAACCUUUGCAGAGAUGCAGUUCAAAUGGUUUUUGAUAAGUUUACUUCUAUGAUAGAUACCCAAGAAUUCCUUAAUAUGCCAGCAGAGAACGCCAAGAUGAUCGUUACUAACAAUGAUUUCGGCGUGGCAGUCGCAAAAAGAAGACCUUCUGUUGAUGCAGCCUCCCUCAAGAAAUAUGAUGAUUGGCGCCUUUCAAAAGGUGCAGAAUAA